AUGGCGACCAAAGGCGCGACAAAGUUGAGUCAACAGCUAUCCUCUGUAGCUGCUCAAUGGCCCAAAGACCCGUUUCGUCCACACCUUCUCCUUCCGACGUUUUUGCAGUCGCUUUCGAAACAUCCAAAACUCACACCUGAGGCCGUGCAAGCUGCCCAAGCAUUGAAAAACGGACAAGCCAAAAAACAAUUUCCUCUUGCAAAAGAGAUUUCGAAGCCGGUUUCUUAUCCCAUGCAUUAUGAUCGUCUCGUGGAGGGUUUACACAAAAGUGCGCAAGGUAUUGGUAGACCUUGGUGGAAAGUCUUUUUUGGCAUAUGGUGA